AUGUUCGAGGGGGCUAUAGCGGCAUUUUUAAACCGCCUGCUGGGCAGGUACGUGGAGGACCUAGACACGGAGCAAUUUAACGUCGGUAUUUUCUCCGGGGAUACGUGCCUCACCGACCUGAAAUUGAAGCCAGAGGCUUUGUAUCAACUGGGAUUACCUAUUAGAGUAGAAAUUGGCCUGAUAGGGAAAAUUAUUUUGAAGAUACCAUGGUCUGGACUUUUCUCUCAACCUAUUGUGAUAUGCAUAGAGGACAUAUACGCAGUAGCAGUACCUGCAUUAUCUGGUCCUUACGAUCCAGAGAUACAGAAACGUUUAAUAAGAGCUGAGAAAAAGAAAAUACUUGAAAAUUUAAAGGAAGAUGAAAUAUUUAGAGCUGGUCUACCUCCUCAACUAUUUGAUGGUUUAUUGGCAUCGGUUACGAAGAACUUCCAGAUUACUAUAAAUAAUGUACAUAUUAGAUACGAAGAGAAAAUUUUGCGCAACUUCCUCUGUGCCUGUGGUAUAUGUAUACAAAGUAUAUCAAUAACAACUACAAACAACAAAUGGAAGCCUGGAGUAUGCGCCACAAAUUCGCAAACUGUGUACCAGCUUAUACGUGCAGAAUCACUUAGUGUGUACAUGGAUCAUGAUACUGAAUCUUGUAUAAAUGUCCCAUGCAAAUGGGAUAUGCCUAAUCUUCUUGCGUGGAAGGGCACAAUGCAUCGAGCUCUCCAGACAUUUGGGAUGAAAAACAAGGAGUUUCAAUUCUUGUUGAAGCCUUUCACGGCCAAGAUCAAAGUAAUUAUACACAAAGGCACGGAGACACAAACUUCUCGUAUGUUGGUCGAUAUUGUGCUUCAAGAUGUGGCGAUGCAAUUAUCAGAGGCGCAAUACGCUACAUUUUGCUAUAUCCAUGACUCCUUGUUGCGCGCAGUCGUUAAUAGGCCACAUCUGAAAUUUCGUCCUGAGAAGAGUGUGUAUGAGGAACCGUCAUCUUGGUGGAAAUACGCGUACAAUUCUAUUUUAAAUCAUUAUAUCAAACCGUACACUUGGUUAUGUAUAGUCGAGCACAGGAAAAAUUACCGGAAGUAUAAAGAGGCGUGUAUCCAAAGUCUGCAACGACCGAAUGACACAGAAUUAAAGUUGGAUCUGCAGAAAUACGAAGACAGUCUGACAAUAUUAAAUAUCGUGAUAGCAAGAGAGCAUGCUAGACAAGAAUUAAGAAACAAGGAUAUCGAGCGCGAAUGCCAAAUCAUUGCGUCAAGUCCAUCGAAGGACAGUGUGGAAAAUAUAUUAACAAAUAACGAUGAAGAGCAGGAUGUGAUAGUGGACCACGGUAAAAGCGAAAGUCCAAAGUUAUCGAUGAAUGUAACGGAAAAUUCAUCCUGCUCCAAAAUAAAAUUAGAGAAAACUAUGAAGCUAAUCGAUUAUAAAUUAAACUUUACUUUAGCCAAUUGUUGUCUUAGCCUUCUAAGUAAGGGCAAAGAAAUGCUGAUCGUGACAGUCGCACAAUUUCUGACGAGCAUUGAGGCACGGCCUACGUUGUUAGCUUUCAAGAUAUCCGCUCGUGCUGAAAGUUUCGUGAUUGAAGCUAUAUCGACCGAUGGUGAUUUGGUUCCUCUAGUUACGGUAGAUAAUAUGUUGACAGGAAAUGUGUCGACAUAUUUCUUAGCGAUCGAUUUCGAGAAAAACGGUCUGAAUAUGGAUCCUAUUUUUGAAGUAUCUAUAAAGCUGGAAGCAAUCGAAGUGACCUAUCAUCAUUUCGCCAUGGUGGAAAUAAUAAACUUUUUCAAAUUUAACGCCAGUUACAUUCAUGACACGGUGCUCGGAUUAUGUAAGCUGUGGGAUUAUACCAAAAGAAAAUAUUUAAGUUUUGUAGACGACAUUGUUUCACAAACACUGAGAAUUAGCUUCAAGAUAGAUAUCAAGAGCCCGUAUAUUAUAUUUCCCGAGCACGGAUCGAUUCAAAAAGGAGGGCACAUUCUUGUUUUGGAUCUCGGCAAUGUAACGUUAACGAAUGAGCUUCAAGCAACAAAUCUACAACUAGAAGAUGCUACUCUGAUGGAGCUGGAAGAAUUGCUUUACGACAGACUCAACAUGGUAUUCUUCGGCGCGCAAAUCUUGUUUUGUCAUUCAGGCGACGAUUGGCGUUCGGCAAGAAAGCGCAGCGACUCGGAGUAUCACUUGUUGCCCAAGCUGCAAGCGAACGCAACGCUUUCCUAUAGCAUCAAACCCGAAUAUCGUCAACUACCACGAACGAAGCUCAACAUGCAUAUUUCAAAUGUGAAGUUUAAUUUGUCAGAAAAUAAACUACGGUUGAUGGCAUAUUUCUUGAAUAAGCUGCUACUGUUGUACCAGAACAAUGUCGAGAAGUGUAAAAUGGCUUUGGACUCUUCUACUCUCGAACGAAAAUCAAGUGUCGUUUUUAUCUCAGCAAAAGAAUUGAUGAGAGUGCAAUCCAAUAUUUGUCUACCAUCUGUUACAAUGAUGCACGGCGAUUUUAAACCUGUUAUCAAGGAAGUUACGACUAACAAUGUACCGAAGCUUGACAGGAGUGUCGUCUCUUCGGAAAUUAGCGAGGAAGACCUGGAAUUAUUAUCGAAAACGAUUAAUUUGUCCGGAUUUGACGAUAAUAUAUCACCCUGCAACCAUAUUAAUUUGUUACUACGCUUCGCUAUAGGGGAGUUUUCUAUCAAUCUGGAGCAUACAGUGGAUAAUCGAGAGCAACCUUAUUUGAAUCUAAGAUUGCACACCUUGUAUUAUGAGAUGGCUAUGAUGGAAUACGGCGUCGCCGUUCAGUUUGGUAUUGGGUCCAUUCUUCUUGUCGAUAAAACGAAUGCUGGCAUCACCGGGUCAUAUUUGGAAUUAAUAUCUACCGAUCAGACUUACGAGGUUCUCGUUGUAUCGUACCGUAAGGUUAAAUCAAAUUGUCCGGACUUCAAGUCGCAUUUCAAGAAUAUCGAACGCUCGCUGGUUGUGAAUCUGUUGAAUAUCAAUGUAAACUUUCAUAGAUCCGCGUUAUUGAAAAUGAGAGACUACUGGUACAAAUUUCAGGCUAUUUGUCAGGGUACAAUUCUGUUUAAGUUCGCCGAGACAGUGUGUAGUAAUAUUAUGAAACGGGAACAAAAGGGCGAUGAUCCGCCUAUUCCUCCAGGUGCAAUUAAACUGAAUUAUUCUACCAGACUCAGCUCGCUAGUUCUAAGAUUCUGUGAUAAGGAUAUAGAUUUAAUGGAGGUAAAGAUUUCGGGCUUAGAGAACGAUUGCAUCUAUAAUGCGAACGAAAGAAUGGUGUUACGCAUACAUCUCCGAAAUAUGCUUGCUGAAGACUUAAACGAUGACACGCUUUAUUCUAAAAUUUUGACAACAGACGAGGACAAGGUUUUCGACUUGAAAUACGUAAGACACAUGCCAAGACUGUAUAAGUGUCCGGAUAUCGAUACAAAUCAGGACGACGUAAUGUCGGACGGCACCUUCAAGCUUUCCAUUGGACGAAUAAAUUGUGUCAUUAUUUCUAAAAUUCUGUACGAUUUACAGAAUUUCAUAAUGCCAUUCGCUUCUCCAUAUUACACGCGUUUCUUGAGUUAUAUGAAGAACAAACUCGUCGGAGGCAUCGAAGUAUUUAAGAGAAGCGCGACGAAAUUGCACAUUUUUAUCGAUAUACAAGGACCUACAUUUCUGUUACCUCAGAAGAAGGAUGCUCCGAGUCUCCUAGUAUUCGAUACAGGCGUAUUGUCGGUUGAGAACUUCUUCAAGAAGAGCGGCCAAUCGGUCCAAUCGAUCAAAGCGUCCGCCAGCGACGCCAAUCAGUUAAUAAUCGACAACAUUCUGGUGAAACUGAAAUCCAUGACCGUGUCCAGAGCAAUUAUGACUCUGACUCGAGACUUAGAGGUUCAGGAGCCUAUCAUCGAACCCAUACAAAUCCAGUUUGACAUCAAAAGAAAAACUGAGUAUCGUAGCAUUAUCGAGUUGCAAGCCUAUGGUUUAUUCAACGUACAAGGAGCGAUCGAUAUUGUGAACAUAAAUUUGAGCCAGAGAGAUCUGAAAUCUCUUAUGUCAGUGUGGCAGGAUAAUAUCUCCAAGAUUCUGUUGCUUAAAAAAACCGGCGAGAACGAAGAUCGUCCUUCAACGUUAAGCUGUCGGAAGGACGUCAGGCACGACGAUGCUAUGGUGAAGAAGUUGGAGGAUUUUUUAGCCCACAAUGAAACAGCCUUGUGUGAAGUGAAUGUCAAACUAACGUUGGAAGGGUUGCAACUAAACUUGUUCUUGGACACAGAAGAGGUGUUGAGUUCUCCCGUGCGCGACUUGAACCACGGUUUAUGCAAGCUGUGCUUUGGUGAAACUAUAAAUACCUGGGACUUUUACAGUGACAAGAGUUUGAAAAUGAAAUUAUCUUUGCAAAAUUGCUUGUUGCAAGAUACUCGCAAAGAUUCCGUUAGUGAGAGAAAGAUAAUACAGUCACCAUCGAUAUCCUUAGAGAAAAAUUUAGAGUCCUGCAUUUCUGUGUCGAUGUCUCCCAUAGUCGAUGUCACGUAUAGUCGUACCCAAGCGGAGGAGAAAUGUUUCGAUGUUCUUAUUCAAGAUAUACGAAUUAAUUUAUCCGUUCCUUUCCUAAUGCAUCUGGGGCGGUAUUUCCUAGAUUCCUUGCCCGGCGAGCAGAUUGAGAAAGGCAUCAUCAAUCACGGAUACGAUAAUAAUAAUCAGACGAACCGGAAUGCUUUAAACGCAGAAACUGACAAAUUAAAUCGCUCACAGUAUUUUAAGGAGCAACCAGGUACUUCUGUCUCUAUUAGGAUACAAAAGCCAGAUAUCUUUUUAUUUGGCGAUUUAGAGAAAAGCAACACCCACAUAAUACGUAUGCAAGCGGAGGUAUUUAUUGAGAGCAGCAAGCACAGUUGUUCCUCCUCGAUAGUCUGCACUCUGACCAAUGUCAAUGCCAAAACUAAAGGGCAAGGAAACUACGAGUCCCCGUGUUGGUUGUUACGUCCCUGUGAUAUAGAAAUCUGUAAGAAGAAAGAAUUAUCGAGCGGUAAUGAGGAAAUUACCGUUGCUAUAAAUAGUAUUAAUAUACAUCUAUCGGCGGAAGUGGUGCAUACUUUUAUGGAUAUAUUGAACGAAGCGUCGAUUUUUCUAAACAGCAUUACUUUGAAAGCAGAUGAAAGUAGCAACAAUCAAAAUGCAUACAUGCACAAUAAUCUUUGGACACCGAGGAAAGUUUCUAGUAUACCGUAUAAGAAAACUGACGAAGGUGACUCAGAGCUGUAUUGUCGCCACCAUGAUCAUUUAAUAUUUAACUUGAAACCCGUAUUGGUAUGUUUGUUGUUGGAGAUGGAGUAUUCGGUAGGAAGAUUUCCGGUGAUGAGAAUGGAGACCAUUAUUACGACCACUGUCAACGACUGGCACAACAGUUUCCAUCUCGAAUCCAAUGUAAAGCUUCACGCGUUCUGUUACAAUAGAUCACUUCAGACUUGGGAGCCGUUCGUAGAAUUCUGCACGAAAGACGACGUGAAUUAUAAACCGUGGGAAUUCACCAUUAAAACGUAUCAAGAUGAAGCGAAUAUGAUCAAUUCUAAUUGGAUGGAUCCUUACCAUCACGUAAAACAAGAUCCACUGAGAAUGAAAAAGAAGGAUAUGAGGCACGACGGACAUGAUGUCACGGAUAUGGUCUUUAUUGGACCUGAGGUGGAUGCGAUUUCGUCCACGAGAAACGAGCCUGAGACUUAUGUUACAUGUGAGGAUGAAUCCGAUACGGACGACGAUGAGAGCGACAAGAAACUGACGAGGAUCUCGAAUUAUCUGUUCAAUAGCAACAGCAGCGAUGAGGAAGAAAGUGACUCGGACGAUUCGAGUACGAACGAGGACGAGGGCUUAGACUUUGUGCUGGAUUGUAACGUCAACGAAUCUUGUCACCCCGCCGCCCCAGCGAAGAUAGGUGCCUCCGCGCCGCAUAUUAUUCUGUAUACGGAGGACAAAAUUAACAUCACCAUUACGCAAAACAUGAUCGAAAUGUGGAACGCAAUCACGAGCGCGUUCAUACAGGCCAAGGGUGGGCUUCCCUUCGUGCCCGCAAACACGCGGGAAUUGACUAUGCUGAACGAUAUAGGUCACGCCAGUCGAAUAGAGCUACUUGUUCAAGAACAGGUGGAUGGGAAUAGUGUCACACGCAUCAUCGCUGCACAUAACUUCCACGAUGGCAAUUCGCCGACCAGCGUGCCCAGCAGCCCGGAAAAUGAAAUGCAACCGGAUCUCACGAGUCCUCAGUGGGUUGGCAAGGAAAUUCAUUUAGUUGUACCAGAAUGCAAGGCUUUUCCGAUUGAUUCGCCGGUCCAUAUCUACAAAUUGGUAACGGAUGAACUUCUUCGCGUCAUUUUUGAAGGUUUUGAGGACGUGCUAGUGUACUGUCCGAAAAAGGAGACACGGAGUCUCAUAUCGCUUCGUCCUGUAAAACAUGAAGUUCGUUAUUACCUGGUGAUAGAGGCGUCAAUAAACAGUUAUCUGCACCGUACGAUUUGCGUGCGAUCUCCGUUGCAGUUCCAAAACGAAACAUCGUACGCACUGGGCCUUUAUUAUAAAAAAGCGGUGGUAGAUAAGUUGGGUCUGACACCGGCCGGUGAGACCACAAAUCCGUUCGACGAUAAUGUGAGAAUGGCGAUCAUUGAGCCCGACUCGAUCUGCAAUAUUCCUCUGUACAUUGCUUAUCAUUGUCCAAUACAUGUUCUACCUGCAUAUCUAGAGAAAUAUCAAGUCAGUGACGAUGGAAUUUAUUGGAAAGACUUGAGGGGUACAACAAAUGCAUUUAAAGAUAUAUGCUGUGAAACGAAAGACGACAUUAACCGUAAUAUAUUCUGUGUCAGGGCAAUAUGCACGGAAAUCCCAUUAAUGGCCCGACUCUCAGGUUGUCAAGUGCCGAAUUACUUGAUAAAUAUCAUACCACCUGUUAUUUUUAAUAACCAGCUACCCUUCGUCAUCGAUGUCAGUAUACCUAGCAUCAAUUACGAAGUGAAAAUCGAACCCGGGGAGAAAAUCAAUAUGCACUCUUUGAAUUGUAACAGUAAUGUGCAGUUUGUUUUUAAGGUACACAACUAUUUAGGCACGUCGUGGACGGGCACGGUUAAACUGAACAUGAAUCUAGAACGAAAGUUUGUACUGAUGUCUACAGAUAACGAGUCGGAUCUGACGAAGCCUUUCUUGCUAUGCAUAGAAUUGUGCAAGAUGCUCAGCUGGAACAUUGUUAUACAAUCACAGUACUGGAUAAUAAAUAAAUCCGGUUUACCGCUGUUUAUUCAAGAAUGUCACUCUCAUACAACCUACGAGAUGCCGGAAGAAGAGCUAAUGGUGUUCUCUCAGAAGAACAAUAAAAAGAAUACAAUACGAUUAAGGGCACACCAGUCCGAGUGGUCAAUGCCGUUCGGGCUGGACGGGAUCACGUCGAUGUCGCUGAUCGUAUGUCGAGAUAUCGAGCGCAGACAAAAAUAUCAGAUCUUAACGGAAGUGGAGAGUUCCCGUUUGUCGCCGAUUUUCACCAAGAUCAUUACGUUUCUUCCGUACUUUCUCAUUUGUAACAAAACCAAAAGAGCUUUAAGAUUUAUGGAGGAAAACGAGGAAGCUGAUCUCUGGAACGAUCUCUUGCCCACUCAGGAAAUGUCCUUCUGGCCCGCUACCGAUUCCAUGAAAAUGAGAAUCAAAUGGAGAAACAGUCAAUUGGUCUCACAGCACUUCGACAUCACGCAUACCGGCAAAACCGUGCUCAGAAUGGAUAACGGGUCGGCGCUGUGUGUGGAGAUCGAAGGUGGCGUCAAUACUCCAUAUCGCGUCAUGUUCCGAAAACACAACGCCGGCGACAUACCCGUAAGGGUGGACAACCUCUGCGACAAGCUGUUCCUGAAGCUGAGCCAAGUCAAUUUAGGCCAAGUUGCCUUGCUUAAGCCGUUCCAAAGCUUGCUGUACACCUGGGACGAUCCUACGCAGAGCAGAGAACUGAUCUGGAACGUCUACAAUAACAAUGCCAUCGGUUAUAAAGCAGAAUUUGAGUCGGAUGGCUGCGGACACGAGAAGGUGUCAUUUAUAACCGUUGAGCGGCGUAACAGCGCGUCAACGUAUUCCUCUGUCAAUUCCAAAUCGUUGUCAUAUGCGAAGUCGUGGUCGGAAGACCCGAGCGGAAGUACCACUCAUCUUGCCAACGCAGAAUCCGAGACGAAGACGCAAAAGUUAGAGAACGUGCGACAGGACGAAGCGGAAGUUUACUGGGUGAGCUAUAUGGAAAGUGAACAACGCGUGUUGCUGUUCACACAGCACGAGAGUGUGUACCUGAAAGCGAAAAGCAUCAUCGACCCUGAAACCAGCAAGAGAGAGAUAUUUUUGUCGAUCGCGGCGAUCGGAAUUAGCGUUGUCGUGCAGGAGUCUAACGCCAGUCUUCACAGCUCCAGACGAGAGUUGCUGUACGCUAGUGUGAUCGAUUCGGUUGCACACUGGGAGCUUUACUUCAGCAAACGAUGGAAAAGUCUGUCGUUGGAGCUCAGCGCUUGGCUGGAAAAUAAAUAUGUGAAUUCCGCGAAAGCAGCACAGCUGGAAAAUUUCAUCGAUGUUGACUUCAUGAAGAUGCAGAUGACUAAGCCAUUCUUCGGAAAGCUACGAAGAACGUACUCUCCGGGUAUUUGGCUGCAUUGCAGGGAAUCCACGACGCUAUGUUAUCUGCAAGGAUAUGUUCACAGAAUACAGAUCGAUAAUCAACUGAGCGAGGCUUCCUUUCCGGUUGUUCUAUAUCCCAGUUUACAAAGGACUUUCGUGAAUUACGCCGGCGGCCGUAGAUUGAAGCACUGCUUGGAGUUCUCGUAUUUGAAGCAACGCAAGCUGAAAAACAGUAUUUACAAAGGAAUAUGCUUGAUCGUAAGGGAGUUUAAUUUGAACUUGGAGGAAACGUUCCUCUGUUCCCUGAUCAAUCUGAUACCCAAGAUACCGGAAACUAAGCACUCGAUUGCUGCUAAACUUAGGAGAGACGUUUCCAACAUGCGCGUGCCUUCGCUUCACAAAAUUACCAACAAUGCUAACGGAAGGAGAAAAAAUUUGAUAGAGCAGAUAUACAUCUCCCCGAUGGUGUUGCACUUGAAAUUAUUGGCCAACACGGAAGGUACUAAUGCGCGUAGCUUCGGCAACGUAGCGAAUUACCACAAUAUCGUACGUUUCAUCUUUGAGUACGCGGAGAAGGGCGUUUUCGAGAGAGACGUUGAGUUCAGAUUGCCCGCCUAUCGAAGGAGUUUUAUCGUCGUCGACAAUAAACAGUUCCUGUCGCAUCUUUCGCGCACUUACGUGGCGCAGACUAUGGAACAGUUUCAUGUGCUAGUACGCUUAACGACUGUCUUGGGGAACCAGUACGGCUACAAUUUUAAAUCGCCGAGCGGCGGUUUCUACGAACCGGAUCUGUUAUUGCUGUAUGGCGACGAAACUGCGGAGAGAUUAGCACACGAAGUCGCGUGUGAGCUAGGAUACGCUACGCCUGAUGGUAUGCAGGACUUUAGCAGCAACGACACCUCUACGACUCUUCAUCCCAAGAUGAAAGAUGCAAGUUACCAGAACCCAGACGUACCGCCGUUGGCGUUUUCAGUCGAUUAUUCGUUCCCCACAGAGAUCGACUUGGAGAUCUCCGGCUUGAUCACAGCGUCGACAAACAGCAUUCACCGAGAAGAGUUAAGGUAUUUCCUCAAAACAUUGGGCAAGAAAACGUCCGUGUUUUUCAAGGCAGAAAGCCCUUGUUUAAAAAGUCAUUCGAAAGUAGUAGCAGAUAUAAUGAAAAGAGCGCAAGAAAUGGACCAUGGUUUCGUAUCCCGAGUGCGACUACCGCGGUACAUCAAUCCACACUUCGGCGUGGAGCUGUUCUCGACGCACAAAGCCAAGGGAGCAUACCUGCUGAACACUAUAACCAAAGGUCAUUGCGCUCAAAACGAUUUUUACUGGGGGCACGCCGCGCUCCACAACGACGGAAAGUACAUCACCCUCGUGUCUUUGCAGCGGAUACACUACAUCGAGAAAGGGAGCGCUUGGGGAUCGUGGAACGUGAAAUGGACUUUGGAAACCAAUCAGUUGCUGUCGCCGCCAACUGUCGCUAAAAGCAAGCUUAUUUUGCACGUAACAAAGAACGAAGAGGAGGCGUCGUCGUCCAUGGUGGACUGGUAUGUGGAGAGCGAGGCCGCGGAUAUUUUGGAAUGGCUGUGUCGGAAAAUGAACAGCGCGAUGAUCCUGAACAUGGAGAGCAGUAUUUGCUCAAAAUGAGAGUCCCACGUGACGAGGACACUACGCAGAGAAAAUAAAAAGAGACGAGAGAACGAGGAAGAUAGAGAUUAAAUGUAUUUACAGCAUUUAGUUCGGCAUAAUAAAAGUUUACGGUGAAUGCAAAACAGAAAGAUAGAAGCGACGUUCUAAUGCCCUACACUUCAUUUAUUAUAAUAAUAAUUAUUAUCAUUAUUAUUAUCAUCAUUAUUAUCAUUAUCAUUGUAUCUUGCCGAAGUCAGAUCGCAUCUUCGUCUGGAUAAAGUACGUCUAGUUUAUUUCAUAAUUUAUUUACAAAAAGUCUUAGUAAAUUACACUUACAGGCAUCUCCACUCGAACUAAAGUAAAUAAUUUAAGAACUACAUGUAUUUAGAUAUCUAUAGAGUAGGAUACUUUGGGGUCGGGGAGAAGCUGGGACCAGGGAAAGUGUUCUGUUUAACUUAUCUCAUACGUUCUAAUAGUCUUCGCGAGAAUUCGAAAUCGAGUGUCGUUUAAACGGUUACACGUCAUGUGUGAAAACUAAAUUUAACCCCCAUUCUCUCUGUCUAUAUAUGUAUAUAUAUAUAUAUAUAUAUAUGUGUGUGUGUGUAUAUACAUAUACAUUUCUCUCUUCCCUUUUCCUUUUUUUCUUUUUUUUUAAUCCGUUCUCUACGAAACGAGGAAGUAUCAUCAGUGGAAGGUGUGCGACGACGAAUUCGAAUGCGUUUCUUUUUUUUUCUUUGUUAACUGUUGCGCAGAUGUUCGUGAGAGUGGGAUUUUACAUUAGAUAAAUGUAUGUAUGUAUGUAUGUAUGUAAGAAUCCUCAAAAUAUGUGCAAGCUGACAAUCGAUAUUUGUUAGUUUUACAAUAACGUAUGCGCGCUUUGAAAAAGCAUAAAAUCUUGGUUAUAAAUAUAUCCCAUUAGAAUCGUUUAAUGGCACGAUCGAGCUUAAAUUUAAAAAUCCUCUUUUUUUUAUCCUUUUAAUAUAUUCUUUUCUACAUUAUCGCCCAGAGAAUCCGUUUCAUCUGUUUCUAUAACGUCGAUUUUCGUAUCUCUUCCGCUUUUUUUAAUUCUUCCUUUUCCUCUUCCGCUUCGUCUUUUUUUAUUUCUUUUUUGUUAUCACAACGGCGUUUAAUUAUGUUUAUAAAUAUGUUUAUUUCAAAAAGAUUGCAAUUAGACAUCGCUACUUUCGAAUCUCUCUUUAGGAAGCCACCAAAAAAAAA